AUGGCUCCCUCCAAUCUUCUUAGUGUGUCGCUUAUUGUAGUGACGAUUAUUUCUUACAUCCCUCAAUAUCAGUGCCUGCUCACUGUGGGCUCAUCGGCCGGCAUCUCAAUUGCCAGCAUCCUUACUAUGACACUGGUGGCCCAGGUUCAAAUGGCUACCAUGUACUAUCUCUUCAAAUCUGCACCGCUCAUGGAAUACGGUGUUCCUAUCAGCACACCACCUUCUACACGGGACUGGCUCAACCUCUCCCAGAUUCUUAUCCAGUGGAUUUGUUCACUAUUUCUCUUUGCACUGAUCAUCUAUCUGCCCACUUCAACCACGAGGCCUGGGCCUGCAUCUAGCGUCCUUUCUAAAAAGGUGGCAGUAUCGCUGUGGAUCUUGCAUGUGCUCUCGUUUAUCCUCUCUGUUGUUGCAGGAGGUCGCCCGCAAGACGUGGCCUUCAAUAUUAUACGCAACAUCAAUGCAACUGUCAUCAAUCCUCUCUUUACGCUCAUGGCCGUUGUCGCCUUCUUCUACCAGGUUCGUGUCAUGCCAUCUGCAGGUCAUCCAAAUGCCCUAAGCAACUGGACACUUGGUCUUCAUUUCUUCACAUUUCUCCUUCUUGCCAUCUCAUGGCCGUUCAGAUUGAUUCUUCCCCCUAAUAUGUGGCAGCUCGGAUCAAAGCCGGCCAUAUUGCUGGAAUGGUACCCUUGGGUGGGAUGGGCCUGUGUCAACAAUGCUAUCUUUGCGAUUGACCAAGGUAUGAUUCUACUCUAUAGUGGUAGAAUAGGGUUUGAUGGCACGAUCAAAUUUACUGAUGAGCGCCGGCCAUUAAUCAACCCAGAGGAAAGAACUCUAGAUACGUAG